AUGGCGGCCACGGUCGCAAACUCCUCACAGGCGCAGCUCGGCCUCCAUGGCCGCGACGAUGGCGGCAGCAGCAAUGCGCCGGGGCAGUCCUCGUCGCCGUCGGCCGUUGAGCCGCUGCCGCCCGCGCCAAGGUUCAAGCCCAGCGACUUCACCCUCGUGCGGACACUGGGGACCGGCACAUUUGCCCGCGUAUGCCUCGUCCGGCCCGCGACGUCGGCAGACCACGAGCAGCAACAACAGCAGCAGCAGCAAGACGCAGAUGCGCAGCACCAGCAACAGCACCAACAACAACACCAACCAGACGAAGUGUACGCCCUCAAGAUCCUGCGCAAGACCGACGUCAUCAAGCUCAAGCAGGUGGACCACGUGCGGCACGAGCGCGCCAUCCUCGCCGACGUGGCCGGCCACCCCUUCAUCACCAACCUGCUCGCCUCCUUCGCCGACGCCGACUCGCUCUACAUGCUGCUCGACUACGUCCCCGGCGGCGAGCUCUUCAGCUACCUGCGCCGCCUGCGCCGCUUCGACGAGCCCGUCGCCCGCUUCUACGCCGCCGAGAUCGUCCUCGUCCUCGAGUACCUGCACGAGCGCCAGGGUGGCGUCGCCUACCGCGACCUCAAGCCCGAGAACCUGCUGCUCGACCGCGACGGCCACAUCAAGCUCGUCGACUUUGGCUUCGCCAAGCGCCUCGGCUACAAGGACGACCGCCCCGUCGAGACGUACACCCUCUGCGGCACCCCCGAGUACCUCGCCCCCGAGGUCAUCCACAACAAGGGCCACACCACGGCCGUCGACUGGUGGGCCCUCGGCAUCCUGAUAUACGAGUUCCUGACGGGCUAUCCGCCCUUUUGGCACCAGAACCCCAUUGAGAUUUACAAGCAAAUCGUCGAAAAGCCCGUCAUCUUCCCGCAGGACCCCCCCAUCUCCCCCGACGCCAAGGACCUCAUCCGCUCCUUCUGCACGACGGACCGCUCCCGGCGCCUCGGCAACAUCUCCGGCGGCGCCGCCCGCGUGAAAGCCCACCCGUGGUUCGCCGACGUCGACUGGGACGCCGUCAUCGCCCGCCGCGGCCAGGGCCCCAUCGUGCCCCCCGUGCGCUACCCCGGCGACGCGCAGUGCUUCGACACGUACCCCGAGGACGACGGCCGCCGCGCCCAGUACACGGACGACAUGGCGCGCAAGUACGACCACUACUUUGAGGACUUUUGA